AUGAGGAGGACCCCCGUCUGCCUCUGGGGUUUUUUUCCCCCUCUUGAAAGCACCCGCUUCUAUCACGGCUUGUCAAUUAUUCGUUCAAGGCAUCACCACAGCUCCAGCUCCGCCGACGCAUCUAGUUCCACGCUCUCCAUUCCGUCUGAGGGCUGCGUCGAGGCUGGCAGCAAGGGAAGCGCAGGCUCCCAAACGAAGUCCAUGACCAAAACCAACAAGAUGCCCUUUCGACAACGCAUGGCCCGCCACUUUGGCGAUUCGCUUUCACCUGAAAAAUCCUACUUGAGUUACUACGACGUAUUGUUGACCGUUGAAGACAUCAAGUCGCUUAAAAAUGACUGGCUUACGGAUAACAAUAUUGCCUUCUGGGAGGAAUAUCUCGAACGGGAGACUUUGCCUCGCUACCCCCAAGCCAGGAUUGUGCUGCUGCGUCCGAGUAUGAGUUUCCUUCUGAUGAAGGAGCCUGAUAUUCGUCAUGUCCGCUCUGCGCUGCCCGACUUUUCCAAAGUUACCCACGUCUUCCUCCCAAUCAACGAUAAUCGCAACGUGAGCGUUGCCGAGGGCGGCAGCCAUUGGUCACUGCUGCUGGUGUCACUACUAGAUGGCAUCGCCUUUCAUUAUGAUUCCCUUGGCGGAGCAAACUUCGCCGAAGCCAACCUGGCUACGCGCCGGAUGGGCGAGGUUGUUGGACGACCGAUGCGUUUUAUCAAUCUUGAGGACUCACCUCAACAAGAGAAUGGUAGCGAUUGCGGCGUCUUCGUUUGUCUCUUGAUGCGCCACUUACUGGUCAAGCGCCUGCUAAGUGCCAAUGCCCGAGAAAAGGUCUCUAUGAGCAUGGCGGGCAAAAUGGUCGAUAGUAACGGCGGCCGGAAGGAGAUGAUGCGCAUCAUUGAGAACCUUCGCAAGGAGGGAGAACGUAGACGAUCCCGGAGCGCAAGCCCCUUUACCAACAAGACGCCUCCGCGGAUUGAAUAG